CAUGCUGUGGGUAUAGCUCUAGAGGACCAUUCUGUUUAUAAUUCAAUAUUUAUGCUUUGCACCGGCUUUGCACCAUCUUAAAGUUUAUCCUUUUCGAAUGAAACAUUUAUGAAGAUCUUUAUGUUUUGCUGGCCAAGGGGAUCUGCUUUGUUUAACGGAGAUUGAACACGUUCUGAGACCUUUUGGGACCAUUAGAAAAGGAAUACGGUCCAAGCGAUGGUUGUUGUGAUUGCAAUCGCCUUUGCUCUUGUUAUUCAGAGUUGUGGAAUUCGAGCUGAAUUUGGCGAAAUGGUAGCGGUUGAGUGUGAACACGACCAGAUGCGAGUGCACAUUGACAAAACUUUAAUCCCGGACUUCAGACUGAACGACUUGCGCCUCUUGGAUCCAAACUGCCAGCCACCGAAAAGCGAGAAUAGCAGUCACGUGACCAUAACAGCACCGCUGACUAGUUGCGGUACCACGGUGGAGCACACUGACGAAAGUGUCAUUUACAGGAACAUGGUUAAAGAUGGGUACGAGCGUCAAGCCAUUAUCAGUCGACUGCAGGCUUUAGAAAUUCCAUUUGAGUGUGCCUAUCCAAACCAAGCCGCAGCUUCACUUCUUGAAAUGAACAUCAAAGAAUCCGAGCUGAUUUUGUUAACACCUGACCAUGGUUCUGGGGCAUUCGACCUGGAUAUGAGUAUAUACAAGAGCGAAGGCUACGAUGAGGAAUAUACAAGUUUUCCGUUAGCAGUAACACUGCAACAACGUCUUUACUUUCAAGUCUCAGUGGACACGCCAGACACGCGGCUGGGUAUCAGUGCAGACUUCUGCUAUGCCACGCCCAUUAACAGUCUUUCCCAGAAAACAAAGUACGAUAUCAUCCUUGACGGAUGUCCAAAAGAUGAAACCGUUCGAUUUCACAGUGGUCCCUCCACCACACAACGCUUCAGCUUUGAAGCUUUUCAGUUUGUUAAUGGUCAGGUUGAGCCAUACCUUUAUGUCCAUUGUGAGGUCGUCCUGUGCAACUUGACGGAUGCCAAACCCAGCUGCAGGAAGGACUGCAGUGACCCGCAUGUCGAUUCGAGACAAAAACGAGCAGUCAAUACCGAUGUUUAUGAUCUAGAGAAAGGCCCAAUAGUUCUUUUAAGGGAUUCUAAGUAUAGCUUUGAAGACGAUCCAGAAAAUGAGGACGAAGCUCGACAAAAUCAAGGCAAUCAGCCAUCGAACAUGACGAAGUGGUUGUUUGGUCUUAUGGGAUUCAUAUGUGUUCUGUGCUUAGCUGCUGUGCUGCAGACGGUUAAGGAUGUUAGGCAAGCAGAGCAAGCUUCAAGUGAACAUUGAGUUGGUACACUAUAGAUCCAGCAUUCCAUCCCCAGACUAAGAGUUUCUAAGAAAACGCCAAAAUUCUUGACAACAUCUGCGCCGCUGUCGAAUGGGUCGCAAUUGCAUUUUGCACGAUGCCCGACAAACAUUUACAGCAUCCGUUCUAUUUUGUGUGGAAGUGGAAAUUUGCCUUCCAUAUUGAAUAAUCUUGAUUUGCCGUCCACUUCUUCUUUUAAACUCUAUUUUAGCGCUACCAUAUCGCCAAGGUAAAGAUGUCAAGGCUAUUCUGAGAAGCACAGUGAGAUAAACCACGAAGAAUUCGAGUUAAAUCAUCGCUGGUGAUGAAAGAAGACCAGUUACUCUGGCCGACAAAUGUUAAAAGAAGAACGGUGAAGCAAAGUUCAUUUGAUCAUGCCCUAUCUCCUCAAUUUUCUGCAUAAUCAGUUUGGCGUUCUUUCUUCUGCGCUCGAGAGCAUCUUUCCCUAGUGUAUUUAUUCUGAAUUUUUUUUUUCCCAUUUGAAUUCUUUCUCAGUCCUCUUCGAUAAUCUGAAAACCGCCUUUGGACGUUCAAUUACUGUUCGGCAACAUUUUCAAUAUCAAUGCGUGGUAAAUGCUCAAAACUGGGAGCAUUUUCAUCGAAAUUCGCUGCCAAUGGAUUACGUUUUUCAUUUAUUACGUUAUAAUUGUUAUAUUACCAAACAAAGCAAAUUCCAGUUGUAUUUCUUUGUCAUGUUGACGAAAGCUAAUAUUUAAUGGUUAUAAUGAAGUCCAAAAUAAUCAAGGACGAGGAAAAUGUUACAACUUAUCAAGACCUAACCAAGACUUUUGAACAUUGCGAAAAAACAGAACGCAAUAAUAAAAUUUACAUAUGAGGCAGCUCUUACUGCA